GGAAUUUGUCAUGCACGGACCACAGGAAUCAAAUUUCCCAAGCCGCACAACCACCUCAACAUCAUCACCGUAGUUACCAUCCCGCCGGUGUAAGCAGUACGGCCCUUGCUUAAUUAUUGCAGCCAAUUGGCUGCGCGUUCUUACUGCAACCCCCCCAAGGCACCAAUCUUGCCUCAAUGCCCUGACAUUGACACUUGUCAGCGCCAGUCUUUCGGGUCUUAGUUGAGCUUGUGCUUUCCAAGGUCCCUCAACGAUGCUGCAGCCACGGCUCCGCCCCCUGGUUGUGGGGCGGGCGGCUUCCCUCACUUCUAUGUUCCAGAGUUCACUACGUCUCGAGGCUAUCAGGCGAUACGCGAGCGCAGCGCAAAGCGAGAGCAACAAUGUGUCUGGCGAAGACGACGCCGGCUUCGGCGCCCCGUCCACCGAGUUGCAAGCUGUCAAAAUGCGAACCUACAAGCCCCGGACACCCGGUCUUCGACAUCUAAAACGGCCCAUUAACGACCACCUAUGGAAGGGCAGGCCGUAUCUACCCCUCACCUUCCCGAAGAAGGGCCACGGGAAGGGUGGUAGGAACAAUACCGGCCGCAUCACCAUCAGACAUCGUGGAGGUGGCGCUAAACGGAGGAUCCGUAUUGUCGACUUUGAUCGUUGGACGCCGGGGCCGCACACGGUUGAGCGUAUCGAGUACGACCCGGGCCGGAGUGCCCAUAUCGCCCUGUUGACCGAGCAGGCGACUGGCAAGAAGAGCUACAUUGUGGCGGCCGAGGGCAUGCGUGCUGGAGACGUGGUGCAGAGCUACCGAGCUGGCAUCCCCCAGGAUCUGCUUGAUAGCAUGGGAGGUGUUGUCGAUCCUGGUAUUCUGGCCGCGAGGACGGCCUGGCGAGGGAACUGCCUGCCCAUGCACAUGAUCCCAGUCGGCACGGUCGUGUACAAUGUCGGCUCCCGCCCACAGGGCGGUGCAGUUUUCUGCCGUAGCGCUGGCACAUAUGCGACCAUCAUCUCAAAAGAGGAGGAGACGCGGGACGAUGGCACCAAGGUGAUGACAGGCAAGCAUGUCAUUGUCCGGUUGCAGAGUGGCGAAAUCCGCAAAGUCAGCAAGGAUGCCUGUGCAACGAUUGGCGUUGCCAGCAACAUCAUGCACCAGUACAGGCAACUGGGCAAGGCGGGAAGGAGUCGGUGGUUGAAUAUCAGGCCCACGGUGAGGGGCGUGGCUAUGAACGCGAACGACCAUCCCCACGGCGGUGGUCGUGGCAAGUCGAAGGGUAAUAGGCACCCGGUCAGUCCCUGGGGCCAGCCAGCCAAGGGCGGCUUCAAGACGCGCAUCAAGAGCAAUGUCAACAAGUGGGUUGUCACCCCUCGGGUGCGGAACAUGGGCAAGCGGAGGGACAAGAACACCGCUUAAUGAAGGCGGCCGAUGUGCUGGUGGACUGUGGCGAGUAGACCUUGUACAUUAUGUAGACCAAGACAACCAUGAUUUGUUGGCCGACGUUCCUGACAAGCAAACGCAUUGCGCACAGCUUCUCUGGGAUAGGGUCGGCUUGGGCAUUGGCUACCAUGACAUGGACUCGCGUGGUGGCGCCGGCUGACUGAAAGUCUGCAACUCACGGGGCACACCUGCGCCGACUCUGUAGACAUAGCCUUCUCAUUACCGGUCGCAAUUCGAACUGGGCCUCGAGCAGAUGGCAGUCGUACGUACAGAAAGACGACCAGGCCGGCAAGGUUCAAGUUGGCCCAGCAUACAUCCUAACUGUCAACAGGAGCUAGACAAGAGUCCAAUUCAGUCUAAGCAGUAUCACCGCAAGGCUCCAAUUUCAGACACGUGAAGGAGAAUACGAAUUCCUUCACAUCUUGUCUUCCUGGCACA